AUGAAGCCGACAGCCCUGCAGCUGCUGCUAUGGCACAGCGUAUUCUGGAUGGCAGGAGAAGCCACCCCCCCGCACCCUGCCCACAGCCUGCCCCAGAGCUUCCUGCUCAAGUGCUUGGAGCAAGUGAGGAAGAUCCAGGCGGAUGGCACAGAGCUGCAGGAGAUGCUGUGUGCCACCCACAAGCUGUGCCACCCUGAGGAGCUGGUGCUGCUUGGGCACUCUCUGGGCAUCCCCCAGGCUCGCCUAGGCAGCUGCUCCAGCCAGGCCCUGCAACUGCCAGGCUGCCUGAGCCAAAUGCACAGCGGGCUCUUCCUCUACCAGGGCCUGCUACAGGCCCUGGCAGGGGUCUCCCCUGAGCUGGCCUCCACUGUGGACCUGCUGCAGCUGGAUGUCAAGGACUUGACCACCAACGUCUGGCAGCAGAUGGAAGACCUGGGGGCGGCCCCUGCCUUGCAGCCCACCCAGGGCACCAUGCCAACCUUCACCUCUGCCUUCCAACGCCGGGCAGGAGGGGUUCUGGUUGCUUCCAACCUGCAGAGCUUCCUGGAGCGGGCCUACCGGGCUCUGCGCUAUCUCGCUGGGCCCUGA